AGGUGACACCAGCCAUUCUCCCAGCAGAAGGAGGAUGUACAAGUGUUGUACAUAACAAGAUGGUAGGAGUGGGGCCAUGAGGAUAUAUAAUGGAGCUGCAACUCUCCUGGCGAGACAUUGCAGGUCAUGGCAAUACUACUGCGGAUUCAAAACGAGAUCCUCAAGUUGUUACUAUGAAACACUGGGAAUAAAGAAAUCUGCUACUCAACAGGAAAUCAAGAGUGCCUACAUACAGUUAUCCAAAAAGCACCACCCGGAUGUCAGCACACACGCUAAUGCACAGAUGCAGUUCACUAAAGUUUCGGAGGCUUAUCAAGUCCUUGGCAACCCGAAGUCCAGAAAGUCCUAUGAUAACAGUUAUGUCUCCAACUCCAGCUUAUUUACCAAAGCUCAUCGACCUAAUACCUCCUUUUGGGAAGAAUUUGAUAGUAGGUCGACAUAUUACAGUAGUAAUAUAAGUGAAGAAGAAUAUUUUGAUGUUCGUCGUGGGAUAAAGUUUAAGCCGGAGGAUGAGGAGACCAUCACGACACCUUAUAGGAUGUUCAUGGACAUGUUGACAGUCAUGACAUUGUUGACCGUUGUCAUUGUUGUCAUCGCUCGACAUAAAGAAAGUAUCAAUAACAACAUUAUAUUACCACCAUCUUCACAUAUAGAAGACAUUGACGAAAAUAAAAACAAUGUAUCUAGAGAAAGGGCAAAACAGUUGAAGUACUUAAAUACUGUACAGCACAGUGAAGACAUGGAACUAGAUAAUCAAUAAUUAACAGGAAGACAACAUUUGGAUUAUUGGUAAAGAGUUGGGAUUUGUUUUUAAUUCUUCAUCAAUAUGAUGACUUCCAGAAGAACUAGAAGUUGUCUAUAUUGAAGGUGGACUAUUUGAUGGACACUGGAACUGUCAAGUGAUGAAAAAUAUAUAAACUGUAGGUCUCAAGACUCAUAGUAAUGUUAUAUAGAUGUCACAGACUCCAAGGUUUUGUAGACUUAAUGUCAGAUACCUGUUUUUAUAGCUGUAUACAAAUGUAAAUGUCACAGCUGAAGAUAUCAGAAAUUAAUAGACUAAAAAAUGUCACAGAUACAUCGGUAAAUUUUUACUGUCUUAUUAUACAAAGUCAGAGGUUUAUGAUAUUUUGAUAAACAAUGUUGAUGAUGUACAUAAGUGUAAAUAUUACAUUAUCAUGAAGAUAAUUUUAUCUGGUGAUGAGGUAAUUAAAGUUGUUUGUUUUUA